AUGAUACUAAGACUUGGCAUGCAAUACAUGUCCAAGAGUGUAGUGAAGCUUUUUGAACAUCUAAAGGCAGAGGGAGACCUGCUGUUGAGUAUAGAAGAGACUCAUGAGCAAUGUGUAGCAGCAGAAAGUAAUGGUCCAGAGUAUAUAUUAGAUGUGAUACAGAAGGCAAGUACAGAGCUUGUGCUGGUAUGUAUACCGUCGCUUGAUUUCAAGCUUGAUGCUGAUAUUGCUAAUCUUGAGCUGGUAAUACAGAAAGCAGUGGGUAGUGUGCUUGGAUAUCAAUGCGUAAUCAUCCACGGAUUUGUAGUCAGGGAUUCAAAUGGAAUCAAGGCAAGACCAAACGUGCCGAUGUUUUUCAAAUGCACACUAGGCGUUUCUAUUAGUGAUCACAUUACGUACGUCAAAGAAGAUGAGACCGAGGUGGGUGAGGCUGAACAAGCAAGGCAGAUCCGCUGCUUCUGCAUAAGCCCAAUUAUGGCUUGCUUGCUGCGCUCAAGAGCAAUGAGAUUUACCUGUGAUGGGAUUGGCACAGGUGUUGUACUAAUACAACGCGAAGGAGUGAUAUUUAUGGCGCCAGCAAAUAUAAGUGUGGUUGCAAUGGUGCAUAGCACGGUUUCUUCAGCAAAUAUGGAAGUAUUUCUCAAGCAUCUGAGGAGAUUUCCAUUCAGACUGGUUGAUUUCUUCGUGAAGGCAUAUUUAGCACCUGAUUCAACAGAAUCCAGUAAGCAGCUGAGUGAAUGCUUUGCAGAGCUUCAGGACAACCUUACAAAGCUUGAAAUGAAGUGUAUCUGCAGUGUUUUGUCGAAUGCGCCUGUGUUUCUUGACUCCAGGGAUAAAGUGACAGAAAGGAUCGAGAAGUUUUAUGCGUAUAAUGUAAAGCCAUUCAGAAGGGAAGCAGGGAAGUAUUUGAGCUUCAAGGAAGAGGAGUUUGUGGAUAGGCACCCAAUCGGGUCUUUGAAGAGGUAUUUCAAGGAUUUAUGA